AUUAUAGAAACAUUAUGAAGAGCUCAAAAAGGAUAUAGAAAACCUCAAAACGGAUUAUAAAAACGACAUAAGCAGUCUCAAAGAAAAUGGAGACACAAGAAAUGCUCGUAGAGUCAGAAAAAUUAAGGAGUUGGAGGAGAAAAUAACGUCACUCGAACGGGAUUAUCACGCCGGGGGGGAAAAACUAGAGGAUCUUUCUAAAGAUUAUUAUGAGCUUAAAAGUACAAUAAACACAUUUAUGGAAGAAGAAAAGACGAGGCAUACUGCCAAAACUGACAAAAUUGUCAAGCAUGCGGAUCAAAUAAAGAACCUUAUAUCAGAUUCUGAAGCCGGAAAAAAAGAGAUAAAGACCCUUUUUGAAAUGAUUGAAAAGCAAAAUAAGCAGAUAGUUGAAAUCAAAACAGUUCAACGAGAGAGCAGGUUAAGAGAAAACGCCGCCGACGAAUGCAAUGACCUAUGGAAGAGGAGAAUGGAAGGGCUGCUAACAUAUCAAAUACAAAGAGGAAUAGCUUUAGAACACCAAUGCACCAACGUUGCAGGAGAACAAAAAAGGGAAAUAGAAAUAUGCAGAAAUAGAAUAAAAGCAUGUGAGAUUCAAACAGAAGGCCUUGUAAAGACAGCAAAAGACCUUGCAAAAACAGCAACAGAAACUACGGACGGUCUGAGAUAUAUCAGCGAUAUGAUUUUGAACCUGGUACAUACACAAGAGACCGCUCCCCAAAACAACAGAGCCUUGCUGAUGAACCAGAAUGAAGAUGUUGAUGCGCCCUGGAGAGCUACAAGCAGGUGGGCAAACGCAAGAACAAACGCCAACAUAAAUGCAUUCAACUAAAAUGAUGAAUAUAUGACUUACUCCUGUUUGAAACUGUUUUCAAGUUUGUUGUAACAUUUGCUUGAAUUUAACAAUACUUGUGAGUGUGUUGAUAUCCUGUUUUAAAAAUCAUAUUUAUCCAUUCCAAGCCCUAUGCUUCUAAAUAAGGUAUUUGUUUAAUGCAUGUACACUUAACAACUUUGCUAACGCAACCAGUAGCAUUUUCGUAGUAACAUUUUAUUCUCAGUUUCGGGCGCCCAGUUAAGUGUAACCCCAUUUAUUUUCCCCUUCAUUGGCAUGAUAGGGGUCGAGGAGCCCUCACAAUAACCAUACAAGUAGAUUCUAUAUAUUUGAUUUCUUACAAAAUAAGAAGCAGUACAGAUAAUGUGAUAAAUACAAGAAUUCGCAAAGGUAUCAUUUACUUGUCCGAAAAACGAAAAGUGACAAGGUUGAAAAGCGAGUUAACUCUUUAUGAAUUAAUUUGAAUUGAAGUAUAAUGGUUUCUUGCGAAAACGAAUUUCAGAGUUACAAGAAAGAAGUAUCUCUUUUACAUCGGAUAGAGACUUUGGCUUAAACUUCGCUUUAAAACGACACCAAUUUUGUAAUAACUUUAAAACUACCGAAAGGAACAGAAAACAAUUUUCCUAAAAUACAAAUUAAUACUUGUGCCGUUGUUUAAUAUAAAAUCUACAAUACAAUAAGUCUAAAAAUAACAUAUUUAAUGAUAAUCCUAUGAAACCCCGUUUUCCAAAGUCGAAAAUUUAGUCAACUAUUCAGUACUCAAUAUUAUAAACUGUAUUCUUGCAAAUUUAUAAUAAAUUAAAUUUCAUUUUAUAUUAUCGCCAUUUUCAUUAUCUUUUAAUGAUUUAAUAUUCUAUAGUUAUUACACCCCCUCCCCCUCAAAAAAGCAAUAAUUGAGCUUGAAAAAAGCUUUAAGGUAGAACGCGACACUUUGCGAACUUUCGAGUAGCGUCUUGAAAAUUGGCAUGCAAAUAAUUGACCAUAUUUCUGAUUGGAUUUCGUUGAUUUUAUUUCAAUAGUUUCAGCCAAUUUUUGUACACAUGACGUCAAAGUUGACCAUCAAAGCCCGUUUUUGAACACGACGUCGUUGCGUAUCCUUGGCAACUGUUACGGGUAUUUCAACGCCAUUGGCGGACAAAAUAUCUUAAAUCCUACAGCAUUCGACGGAAAUUAUUUUUUCCUUGAAGCAGAUAUAAAAUUUAUUGUUUUACGCCGAAAAUUGUUUGAGUAAUGGAAAGAAAAUUGUCAAUUUUGUGUAAAAUUUGACGUUCAGUUUAGCCGCAAUUUUCGGCUGUAAAGUGGCUUAUUAAAAAAAAACUGAAAUAAAUUUUUGAUUUCUUUCUUUAAACGUCCUUUAAAAUGUAUACUUAGUCAAAAUAACUAAAAAAAUUAGGGGGUCACCGACUCAAUUUUUUCGGUACACGUGAUUUUAUUUCCCCCAACCCUUUGGAUAAAAGUCACGCUGUCACGGGGCGUUUGGUUUUUUGAUGUUAUUAAAACGAUCGCCCUGUGUCAAAAUCCCGCUUUUUACGGCAUUUUACGCUAUCAUGACCACUGCGGAAAAUAUAUGGAUACAAUAAAGGGUACGAAAUUCCGUAUAUUAUAGAUAGCCAGGUAAAAAUAAGUGAAAUUUGAUGUACGGGACCGUAUAUCAUGCAAUACGUAUAUGACUAAUAUACCGUGAUCCGUACACUCGUAAUAUGCGGGAACUUUGAAUGAAGUUCGUAUUUACUAAAAUACAUAUUUUUUUAAUUACACGAUCAGAUAUAACCAAAAUAUGUUGUUUUUUUUAUUCUUGUAAAUACAGAUUUUGUAUAUAAAACAGUGAAUAAAGAUGUACUUCAGAAUUACCCACUUUCUACAAGAGGAAAGAAAUAAUAGUCUGAUCUGACAUUUGUCAGAAUAACAUUAAAUAGUAAAACUUUGAGUAAAAUGUAAUAUUUCUCGGUUUUAUUUACAUGUCAGUUGCAUACUGAUUAAAUAGUUAGUGAAACAUCGACAGAUCCUCUACAGUGCCCGUAGCAUGUACAGACAAAAAAAUGACAAUAUAUAUUGAAAUAUCUUUAUUUUGUAUAAAGAUUUACAACGCAACACUCCUUUGUGCAGUAUCUAGCUCAGGGCCGCCGGUUCGCUAAAAUCCGCAGACGUGUAUUUACAGCGUUUCAUUAUAUUUCAUGUUUAAAAUACUGUUUCUAAAUUUUCCUGUUCAAAAUAAAUUCUACCAUAAAUUUGGCUAUACAGUGAAUAAUGAAUGUUUGCAAAGGCCGAUUUGAUAGUAAUGUUUUUAAUACAGCGUUUAUGGUGAAUCCUCAAUUAAUCGUUAUUUCUAACAUUAUGAUAUUCUAAAAUGAUAAGCAAAACGAGAAAAUAUGUAUUACAGAUACUUGUAGAAUCGAACGUGCUAUAUCUGUAAUCCAACACCCACUGAGCUAACGUUUCAAGCAUGACUGUUUGCUUCACGCUAAUAUAAUUGACUAACCGUAUAUUUUAAUUUGUCAAUAUUUCGCCAAUUCUGUCAAAUUGUUGCAAUAGUUUUUGAUUACAAGUGAAAUUCAAAUUCUGGUUUUUAAUAGGUGAAAUAAAAUACAUAUCACUCACAGUAUAUCACUCAUAGUGUGGGUAAUGCAAAAUGUACAGAUUUGCAGAAUUUCUUGUAGACUACGUAUUAAUUUAUGAUUGAAUUUCCAUAAAAUUUUAAAUUUACAUAAAAAUAUAUAGUUGCUUUUUGUUCCUUAAGGCAUAUUGGUCGAUUCAAGUUUAUUAAUCUUAUUGUAUUACAAUAUCAAAAAGGAACACCGCAAAUGAUUACUCUCAGCAGUAUUUAUUUUUGUUUGCGCAGCGUACGCGUUGCCGUUGAACGCCUGGCGUCAUUUAUGAUAUUUGUCAUGUGCUAUAUCUUUUUGUAUCAUCCAAAGAUUGUGAUAACAAUUAUAACGAUUUACCUUUUUAUUAUACGUACUGAUAUUUAAUAAUUCUUAUCAUUCCAAAGACUUUUUUCAAGAUUCGGGGCCAUGAUUUUCGUUUUAUUAGUAAUUGCAUUUAUCCGAUAGCUUUUGCGACUUUGUAAAGUGGAGGUUGCAUCAAAUAAAAAACAAAAUCUUCAAAUAACAGAGACGUCUGUUGUUUGUUUUCCACCAACAACUGUCUUAUAUAUUUCUUUAGCUUCACUGAAAAUUUCAAGCAAUUAUUCUGAAUAGUUUGUUUGAAAUAUUCCGAAAAGUCUACUUGAAGCGUUUAAAAGUUGUUAUAUGUAUGUGCAUGUUUAUUUUGCAGUGUCUUCAAGUAGGAUUCUGUACAUUUUUCUGAUGAAUUAGUACAUUAUAAGAUUUCUUUCUCCUUUUUUAAGUUGUGUUUAUACUAAGAAUUGUAAGACGAAUAAUGUGUUAAUAAAGAUAAAUAGAGAAAAACAGAACACCUUAAGAAAUCACAAUAUGGCAAAAUACGUUAUUGCAAGCUACCGUCCGAGCCCCUGGUACCGGCUAAAGCAGAAUUCAUCAUGUAACAUGAACUGAUAAAAUUUUGAAUUUUGAAACAUCCGAAGAUGAGUUCAAUUUUGCGGUUAUCAUGGGACCUAGAAUGUGACACGUAAGUGCCAUUCCAUGAAAUUCGGUAUAUGGUCAUCAAGUGAAGAAAUGCAUGUGCCCUAAUCGAGAGAAUAAUGGGCGAAACUAAAUAAAUUUUACUUUUGAAAGGGUAUCAGAGUUUAUGAUGUUUGCAUAUCAAAGAUAAGACUGUGAUUUGUUCUGCUUUUUAUUUUGUAAUUUUUAUACAGUACUAUUUGUUUAGUUGUAUAAUUCAAAAUGUCAUACAUCGGCAAUAUCACUUGUUCACUUUGUUACUAACACCAAGAUUCAUUUGCAAAUAAGAAAUAUAUUCAGAACAAUGAUAAAAUAACACGUGGUAUGGUGUACUGUCGUGUGCAUUUUGAAUUUCGCUAGUAAUACGCCGUAAAAUCGCAUUUCAAUUUGCCAAAAUCUAAAAUAUGCUUAAUUACUUCUUCUCGCUUGAUACUUUCUUAUGAUUAUGGUAAAUGGAAGCAAAUAAAAAUCCGUAUAAGC